UCAAACUCUAAUUUAGUAUCUAUCUCGUUCUUUACAAGUUACUCAUCAUAGGUUGAAUAAAUCUUUUGAUUUUUCUAUGUUUUUCCUGCUUUAGCCCGAUUUAAGAUGUCGUUUUAGUGGUCAAUGUUCUAUAAAUAUUUACUCCCGUAGAAACUGUACGUACUGUCGUCUCAAAAAGUGUUUCGCAUUGAAAAUGAAAAAAGAAUGGAUUCAGACAGACGAAGAAAAACAAAGAAAAUUCCAAGCAAAAGACGAUAGACGUUUGAAAGAACUCAAAAUUGCGUUAAAAUACAAAGAGAAACCACAAACGAUUCAUACACUCAGUCUCCUCAAUAAUGAUAAUACGAUGUUAAGUCAAAAUGAUUGGUGCCGAUUGAACAAUAUAAUCGUUUCUUAUGAGCGAAAAGUUACAUUUAAUCAACUGCCACCUUUAAAUCAUUUCGAGUCUUCUACAGUAAAAUAUCAAGAUGUUCUCAAUAAUGAGUUAGUCAUACACUGCGGUGUCAUAGCAUUUUUUAAACAAAUUCCAGAAUUUGAUCAAUUAAUUAUUGGUGAUCAAAUAAAAUUAAUUAAGUAUAAUCUACGAUUAUUUAUGCCAUUACAUUUUAUAUUGCUCUCAAAUUUUAUCACGAACCCAAAAAUAGAUGAAAUUAUGCCAAAAAUACACGGUAUGGAUUUACAUCGACGAAUAAAAAAUACCCUUGGAAAAUUUCGCAUUUUUUACCAUAAUCCUACAGUUCUCAAACUAAUACUCAUUAUAUUUAUAUUUAACACAAGUCUAUUUACUCCAAAAACUAAUCAUAUACAAUCGAAUGUCGAAAAUAUUCACCAACUAUACAGAGCACAAAAUUAUUAUACAGAAUUAUUAUGGCACUAUAUGGAACGCACGUAUGGUGAAUAUCAAGCAAUUAUUGUCUAUAGUUUAAUAAUUACCCAAUGUCUAAAUUUACAAAAACUUAUACUUGAAAGAGACCAAUAUUUGCGGGCAACGACAGACGUCAAUGAUCUUACACCUUUAAUGCAGUCUGUUCUACAAACUGCAUUUGAAGAUAAGCAUUGA